AUGUUUAGUAGCAUCACUUACAUGAAGGCAUACAAGUUUAGGUUAACACCUAUGAAUGGAAGUAACUUGUGGCCUACAACUGAUUAUACCCCACCUUUACCUCCUGUUCGUAGAACUAUGCGUGGGAGACCUGCAACUAAAAGGAAAAGAGAUGCAACAGAAAACCAGACAAGACACAACAAAAGAGCUUGUACUCUGACAAGGCCUCCUAAAAUCAAAGCUAGAAGAAAAACAAAACAUGGUGGUGCUCAAGCAGUCAAUGAGGUUGAUGAAGUGAAUGAAGGUGAUGAAGGUAAUGAAAUGAAUGAAGGUAAUCAAGGUAAUGCAAUGAAUGAAGGUAAUCAAGGUAAUGCAAUGAAUGAAGGUGAUAAAGUGAAUGAGGGUGAUCAAGCAGUCAAUGAUGAUGGAGGAGCAGUAAAUGAUGGUGGAGAAGCAGUCAAUGAGGUUAAUGUGCAACAGCAGGAGGCUAGAGAAACACCAAUUACAGCCCGUUUGAAGAAAAUCAGGAAGAAGAAAUCUGAAAGGAUUGUCAAGUUGAAGCUGGGCAAGAUAGUUGGUGAUGCAGAUGCACCUGGGAAUUCAGAAGCUAAACCUCUUACUCUAGAAUAA